GUGAUGGGACACUGAUGCGGACAAUCAGGGGUCAGCUAUGGUCAGUGAUGGGGUGAGCGAUAGGGUCAAUGAUGUGGUCAAUGAUGGGGUCAGCAAUGGGGUCGAUGAUGGAUCAGCGAUGGGGUCAGAGAUGGUGUCAGUGGUGUGGUGGGGUCCACGUGUUCAGGUGGUGCAGCCGUCGGGGAAGGGCAGUGAUCAGCUGGGUGGUGGCGUUCUGGUUUGUGCACCAUGUGUGGGUGCUGUGUGGUUUGUAGUGAUGGGGGUUGCAGGCAGAGUGGGGUGUCCUGUGCAGGGUUGCAGUUUGUGUUGGGUGCUGCGUGCAGGGCUGGUGCUGUGUUCAGCAGCCGGGCAGGGCAGUGUGCAGUGUCCUGUGAGGGGGUGCAGUGAAAGGUGGGUGUCCUGUGCAGGCGUGCAGUCUGGUUUGGGUGCCGUGGGGGUGAGGGGUGGCCUGUGUGGCCCUGGACAGACGUGUCACUCACGCUGGGGAAGCAGAAUCAGGGACUGCGGUUGGCCAUGACCUUGGGCUGCUUCCUGCUGCUCUGCCACGCAGGCACCGAGGGCGCGGGAACCGGCAGAAGCAGGCAGGUGAGAAGAAUGGGUUCUGUGUCAGAGGAGCUCAGCCUGGUCCCCCUGCACCAGAAGCCGGAGCUGCUGGAGGCCUGCGCCGAGCUGCUGGGCGAGGAGUGGGGGAAGAGCCGGGCAUCGCGGCUCCACACGCUCCAGCGCUCCUCGGAUUCCUUCCCUGCCUGCCUGCUGCUGCUGCGGAGCCAGGGCCCUGCUGAGGCCUCUGCUGCCCGGGAGGGUCCCUGCCAGCUCGUGGGCCACAUCCGGCUCUCCCGCGUGGCCGGCCGUCCCCGCGACCUCUUUGUGGAGAGCGUGGUGGUGGCCCGGGCACUGCGGGGCCAGGGCUAUGGGCGGCAGCUGAUGGAGGCCACUGAGCGGUGGGCUCGGGAUCGGGGCUUCAGCUGUCUGCACCUCACCACCCACGACAAGCAACAUUUCUACGCCCACCUGGGCUUUGUCCUGGGCAAGCCAGUGCAGAGCGUUGCCUUCCUGAGCCCUGCCAUACCUGCUGAGGUGCUGCAGCUCUUCUCAGCUUCUGCUGGUGCUGCCACCACUACCAUCACCAGGCCAAGGGUGCCCUCUGCCCCCCCACCUCUCCUCCCACCCCCUGCCGCUCCACCCCCGCCCCCACCCCCCCCAACCGUGGUCUGGGCAAGGGGAGUCCUGGCCGAGAGCAGCCAGGAGAGCCUCCUGGAGACCCCCCACCGUGAUGCCAAAGGGCUGCCCAUCUUCUGGAUGAAGAAGGACAUCUGAGGGUCUGGGGCCCCAAGCCUGUGAUUAAAAGAGAGUGUGAGCAGGGGCCGCCUGUCCCGGCA